UUCCUAAAAGAACGUCCCGUUUCUGGAUGCGUCCGGAUUCCGUCGCCUUCGUCGCUCGCAUGUUUACCACCACAACGCGUGAGCAAAGGGUACUUUUAAGUGAUUUGGAAUGCCUCUAGUAGGAAAGAUGGGAGGUAAGGAGAAAAAGAAGGUCACAAGUGUGAAACGCAAAAACUCCAUUGGAAGGUCUGCAAAAGAUUUUGUCAGCCCAGAGAAGAAAGCCAGAAGUGAUAGCAAAACAUCAGUCAGGAAGGAAAAAUCUCCCAUAAAAGAGAAAACAACUGCUAAGAGCGUUUUGCCACAUAAGAAUCCUCAAACCUCUGACCAGGAGGUUGUGAAUGAGAGUAAAAAGUCACAGAAAAGAGCAAAGGUUGGUAAAGAUAGUCAAGCCAGUGCUGUCAGCGAAGUGAUGCCAGCAAAAAAGAAAAAUGAUCCCACCAAGGAACCACCCAAAACUGAUGUAGCGUCACCAGAUUCA